AUGUCUUACUAAAUGAAUAAAGCUCAAUCCAAUAAUAAAUUUUAUAUCAUUUCAAAGAAAAAAAAAAUAAAUAUAAAAUUCAUACUAAAAUUCAAACAAAUUUUAGUGAAUUAAUUGAUGUUAUUAUUCUCACAAUACCAUAAAUGUAACAACAAGGAAAUUCAUAAGAAUUGUUCAAUCUAUUGUUUUGAUUAACUUUAGAGAUUCAAGAAUUUUAUUAUAAUAGAUAAUUAAAUUAGCAUUAUUUAAUUAUGCAUGAAUGAUUAUUGCAAUUAGUCUUAUAAAUAUCUUAAUCUCUAAAGAAGAUGA